AUGGCCUGUGUAGGGGAGCAUCUCUCUGAUUCAUCUAAAAGACACAAAGUUGUACCAUACAAACACAGAAAAUCUACUCCUAACGUUAACUACCCAAAAUGUCCAAACCACACCCAGAAACAUUGUGAAGUUUAUUGUGAGAAAUGUGACAUUCCUGUCUGUUCUACCUGCAUCUCCUCUGAUAAACAUAAUGCGCAUAAGUUAACAGAUAUCUUAAAGAAUCCCAGCUUUAUUAAAGAAAUUUUAAACAACGACUUGACAGAACUAGAAAAAGUAAUAUAUCCUACCUAUGAAGAAAUUGUAUCAGAUUUAAAAUCUGAAAAACCUAACUUGGAAAAACAUUAUGAGAAACUGACAACAGCUGUCACCAAACAAGGAGAAGACUGGCACAGAGAAAUUAACAUCAUUGUCAACAAACAGAAAUCUGAAAUUGAUGAGAUGAAAACUAAACACCUGGCUGCUCUAAAUAAACAGGAAAAAGAAAUCAAACAGAUUAUUUCUGAAGUAAAACAGUGCAUAGUUGAUCUGAAGAAAAUACUGGACCCCAAUGAUAUAUCCAUAGCAUCUACAUACGUAUCCAAGAAUGCUGAAUUCAGAAGUUUACCUCCUAAAAUCAAUGUUUCAUUACCAAGGUUCUCUCCUCAUCAGAUCAACACAGAACAGCUCCAUCAAACGUUUGGUUCUCUGUCGCCAUUAUCCAUUACAACAGAAGAACAUGGCUACACAAUGAAGACACCAGAAGCUGUAUCCUGUCCUCCAGUCAAAUCACUGCUUGCUGAACAAGAGCUCAUCACCACCAUAUACACUGGGUAUAACCUAUACAGUGUCACCUGUCUCAGUGAUGAAGAAAUCUGGACACUUGGGUAUGACAAAAUCAUGAAACUUUACAACCUCAAGGGCAAACUACUGAAGUCAAUCCAAACCAAGUCUGGGAAAAUACCACGUGACAUAGCAGUGACAAGGAGUGGAGAUCUAGUUUAUACUGACUGUGAUACAAGAACUGUAAACAUAGUGAAAAGUGACCAGAUACAGGAAGUGAUCAGACUACAGGGGUGGAAACCUUACAACAUCUGUAGUACCUCCUCUGGUGACCUCCUGGUUACAAUGAUCAGUGAUGAUUAUGAACAAUCAAAAGUUAAAAUUGUCCGUUACUCUGGUUCCACAGAGAAACAAACCAUUCAGUUUGAUAGUGAAGGUAAACCUCUGUAUUCAUAUGGUUACCCUAAACACAUCAGUGAGAACAGGAACCUGGAUAUCUGUGUGGCUGACUAUGAAGCCCGUGCAGUAGUGGUGGUUAAUCAGGCAGGAAAUCUCCGAUUUAGAUACACUGGUCAUCCCUAUACUACCAAGAGAUCAUUCUUUCCAUACGGCAUCACAACAGACAGCCAGAGUCAGAUCCUGAUAUCAGACUAUACUAACCACUGUAUCCACAUCCUAUAUCAGGAUGGACAGUUCCUCCGUUACAUUGAAAACUGUGAUCUAAACUAUCCAUGGGGUUUAUGUGUAGACACCAGAGACAACCUCUUUGUGGCUGAGUAUUACAGUUGUCAAGUGAAGAAAAUCAAAUACAUGUAAAUAAAACUUUUUUAAUUAUGACAACUGUGUGAUAGGGUUUUUUCCAAUAACCAAAAUCCUAAGAAUUUACUGUUUGAUUCAGGUCCACUUUCUAGUGCUCAUGUGUAUUUGAGAGGGAGGGUGAGAGGGUGUG